AUGGAUCCGUCCCCGUGUGUGGCAGUUCAGGCCAACCCUGAGAGCGAUGCAGUCCUGGAAGUCGGGGGAAAGUGCUUCCCGGUCAACCGGUGGGCCCUGGCCCGCCACAGCAGCUAUUUUGAGGCCAUGUUCUUUGGUGGCACCCGGGAAUGCACAGAGCGGCACAUCCGGAUCCAGGGGCUUGAGGCGGAGCCCUUCCAGGCGCUUCUAGACUUCACCCGGACAGGCAGCCUUGGCAUCACCCCUGGCAAUGUCACCAGCCUUCUGCAGACGGCUGACUUCCUGCGGCUGGAGGCUGCUAAGAGGCGCUGUGAGACCUUUCUGGAAAGGGAGCUGCAUGUCUCCAACUGCCUGAGCCUCAGGGCCUACGCACAGCGCUUUGCUUGCGUGGCACUUGGUUCUGCUGCCCUCAAUGUGGCCCUCAGCCACUGGGCCGACGUGGUGACCCAUGGCGAGGUUGAGGAGCUGCCCAAGGAGGCUCUGAUGGAGCUGCUGCAGAGUGACGAGCUCUUUGUGGCUUGCGAGGACGUGGUCUUUGACACGGUGAUGCAGUGGGUAGUGGCCGACCUGCCCGGGCGGGCCAAGGAUUUCCUGGAGCUGAUGGGCCUAGUGCGAGUGCCCUUCCUCAGCCUCCCCUUCCUUGGCCGCCUGGUGAAGAGCAGCCAGUGCCCCGGGAUGGGCACUCCGGCUCAGCUGCUGAAAGAGCUGGACCGCUUCCCACCCCCCAACUGGCGGGAUGCUGCCCAGGCCCCCUGCGCGAGCCGGAGCUGUGAGACUCUCUUUGUGAUGGCCGGGAAACGUGACCAAGAACAGCAGGAGCUCUUCCACUUCCUGCCCAAGACAGGGACCUGGCAGGCCUGCUCGCCGCUCAAGCGCAGAAACCUCACCCAGUAUGCUGUGGCUGCCGUGGGCAACCUCCUCUUCGUCACGGGAGGGAACUUCCGGGAGGAGUUUUUCUGGGCCCCUGUGGACUGGGUGUGGAUCUACAACAGCUGGGAAGACAGCUGGAUGGAGGGGCCAGCCAUGAAGGAGGCUCGCGAUAGCCACUGCGCAGUGGGGGUUGGCUUCCACCUGUAUGUCAUGGGGGGGAGCACCCUGGAGGGCGUCACCCCCAGCGUUGAGCGCCUCGCCCUGGCGGACUCCUCCUGGAAGCCCACCCACCCCCUGAUCCACCCCGUGGAACGGGCUGGAGCCAUCGGUGUGGGGACGCGGAUCUACGUGGUCUGUGGCCUGGAUGAGAACGGGGAUGUCUGCCGGGCUGUUCAGCGGCUGGACAUAGAGACGGACAUGUGGGAUGUUGUUUCUUUCUCACCGUUGCCAAGGUAUGACCUCUGUGUGGCAGCCUUGAACGGGGCCCUCUACACUUUUGGAGGGGGGGCCUUCCGCUUCGACGUCUACACCGACGAGUGGACCCCUGUGGAGGAUGAUGGCCUGGCUCAGAAGUUCUUUGAAGGAUGCAGCUCAGCCAACGGACGCAUCUAUCUGCUGGCAGAGAGGCGGGGGAAUGCUGCGGUCCCAAACAUGGUGAUUUUGGACCCCUACAAAGAGACGUGCCAGGACCUGGGCCACCGGCUCCCCUGCCCACUCCCUAUCCAUGGCAUGGCCUCUGUGCGCAGGUUCAACACCUGGGGGGGGCCAGGCAUAGUCAGAGGUGCUGCCGCCUCUCUUCUGAACAGGUCCCCAGGGCAGAGAUCAACCUCCACGGAGGGUACACCUGAGCAUCCCUGUUCUGGCAACAUUGGCCCUGAGACACGAGGGGGGAUUCCUUUCUCAGAUCCAGAGCGGGAGCCAUCUUGGCUGUUCCCUGGUGUCAGUCCUGGAACCCCCAACUGA